UAGUUAGUUGGUACUUAACAGCGCUGGCGUGGCGAUGCUGAAGGCGGGUUUACGAAACCUACUGCGUAGAAGGUCGAGGAUUAAUAUUCAUAACCUGCGCAUUUGUUAGUGGGACCUAUCAAUACAACGUAAUUAAAAAUCUGGACAAACCAUCGCUAUUGGAAAUUUACGUGGCACCUACUUAAUUCGUAUUCAUGAGCGUAGCCUUCGGCGUAGUAUGAUUAAAUGUCUGAGCGUAUGACAAACUUUAAAACCGUUCGCACUUCGCAUAUACAGAGACGAUGAGCGUUGCAUGUAACAUUGUUUGCUGCACUUUUCUAAACUUGCAAUAGAGAAUGGACAAGCGACCGACUUCGCCUCAGUCAAACGCUGAAACUCCAGACAGUCCAACAGGAGCUCAUGUUGAAUGGUGCAAACAACUAAUUGCAGCCACAAUGUCCAGUCAAAGCUGUGGACCCAUCAGCUCAGAGAUGAUUUCCAGGGAAUAUAAGGCUCUCAGAGAAGGAAAUAAGCAGGCUCAGAUGGAAGAGGCUCCGCGUAUUCCUGGAGAAACGAUCAAAGCUAUUGUCAAAGAUGUCAUGUACAUCUGUCCAUUCUCUGGGGUCAUAAGGGGCACCUUAACCAUCACUGACUUCAAGCUCUACUUUAAGAGUCUGACAAGGGAUUCUCCAUUUGUACUGGAUGUUAAUCUUGGAGCCGUAAGCAGACUGGAGUCUAUCGCGGUUCAGAGUCACGGGGAUGACACUCAAGGACUUGAGAUAGUCUGCAAGGACUUGAGAACCCCACGGUUUGCAUACAAGAAGGAGGGACAAAGCAAUUUGGAAAUGUUUAAAAUAUUGUCAAAGUAUGCGUUCCCGCUUUCCCACAACUUGCCUCUCUUUGCCUUUAAGUACAGAGAGACAUUUCCAGAGGAUGGAUGGAAAAUCUACGACCCAGUUGCUGAGUACAAGAGACAGGGUCUUCCGAACGAGAGCUGGAUCAUCAGUAAAGUUAACAGUGGUUAUGAGGUGUGUGAAACGUAUCCUGCUCUGCUGGUCCUGCCUUCAAACGUCACAGAGGAUGAACUGAAGAGAGUUGCAGCUUUUAGGGCCAAACGUCGUUUCCCUGUGCUUUCCUGGAUUCAUCCUGAGAGUCAGGCCGCUAUUGUGCGUUGUGGUCAGCCACAGGUGGGUCCAUCAGACCGCCGAUGUAGGGAGGAUGAACGGUACCUGCAAACAAUACUUGAUGCCAAUGCUCAAUCUCACAAGCUCUGCAUUUUUGAUGCUCGCCAAAGUACUGUGGCUGACACCAACAAAGCCAAAGAUGGAGGAUAUGAGAAUGAGAGUUUCUACAUCAAUGUGGAGCUGAACUUUCUGGAAAUACCCAACAUACAUGUGAUGAGAGAAUCCUUAAGGAAACUCAAGGAGGUGGUGUAUCCUGCCAUUGACCAACAACACUGGUUCUCAAAUGUGGAUGCCACUCACUGGCUAGAAUACGUCAGGCUCUUGCUAGCUGGUGCUGUUCGGAUUGCCGACCGAAUCGAGUCAGGGAAGACAUCAGUGGUGGUCCACUGCAGUGAUGGCUGGGACCGCACAGCUCAGCUCACCUCUCUGGCUAUGCUCAUGCUAGACGCACACUACCGAUCGCUUAAAGGCUUCCAGGUGCUGUUGGAGAAGGAGUGGCUGAGCUUCGGGCACCGCUUUGCUUCGCGUGUGGGACAUGGAGAUGGGAAUCAUGCAAACUCUGAGCGCUCGCCUCUGUUUGUUCAGUUUAUAGAUUGUGUCUGGCAAAUGACCCGGCAGUUUCCUUCUGCAUUUGAGUUCAAUGAGCUAUUUCUCAUCACGGUACUCGAUCACCUGUUCAGUUGCCUGUUUGGGACAUUUCUUUACAACAGUGAGCAAGAACGGGUUUCAAAGGAGGUUUACAACAAGACUGUGUCUUUGUGGUCAUAUGUGAACAGCCAGAUUGAGGAAUUUACCAACCCACUGUAUGUGAACUACGAGCACCACGUUUUAUAUCCAAUUGCCAGUCUUAGACAUCUAGAGCUUUGGGUCAGUUAUUAUGUGCGCUGGAACCCUCGCAUGAGGCCACAGGUUCCUAUACAUCAGAGUUUAAAGGAGUUGUUGGUCCUAAAGUCAGAGCUGCAGAAAAGAGUGGAGGAUCUAAAACAAGAUGCAGCUUCAUCAAAUUCUCUUUCCUCCUCAGAGCAUGAAGGCAUGCCCAUGCAAACUACUGUCUGAGUGUGUCUCAUUUGGUAAACUUUGUAGUCGUAAAUGAUAUUUGCUCCCAUCUCUGUUGUCACAUUCGGAUAAUAACAAUGUUUACAUAUAAUACAAUUCUAGUGUAAUGCUUGGAAAAUAACCACAUUGUGGUCAUUGAUGCCCCCUAUAGGAACUACUGGCAGUGCGUUCACUCACAACACUCUUUCCAAUAAAUCUUUUAAUCAUGCCAAAUAUGAAAACUGUUAAUAGAUUUGCUUUGUUCUAGUGAAACAUAUUUGUUAGACACACCACCUUCAGACGAAAUGUAAAUAAUUUAAAUGUAUUUAAAUUAUAUUUGUCUAAUGCAUGCACUUUUAUAUUGUUUUUGUUAUACACAUUUUAUAGCAUUAUUUAAUUUUUUAUAAAAAAAAUUAAACACAUUUGAGUAACUUUUCAUAUUAAUAUAUGUACACAUGAUUGUGUUGAACAAAUAAAUAAAACAUUUGCAGUUCCAUUUCA